CCCCCCAAAAUUCCUCUGUUUGUCCUUCCCUUCGCAGGAGUCAUGCCCCCAUGAGCCCUAAAGCUUUAUCCCACACAGGAUGGCAGAAGUUCCACAGCCCAACUCCACCUUCCCACGCCCAGCCUUCUUCCUACUGACUGGCAUCCCCGGGCUUGGGGGGACCCAGGCCUGGCUGACACUGGUCUUUGGGCCCAUGUAUCUGCUGGCCCUGCUGGGCAAUGGAACAAUGCUGGCAGUGGUGCAGGUAGAUUCCACACUGCACCAGCCCAUGUUUCUCCUCCUGGCCACCCUGGCAGCCACAGACCUGGGCUUAGCCACAUCCAUAGGCCCAGGGUUGCUGGCUGUGAUGUGGCUCGGGCCCCGCCCUCUGCCAUAUGCUGCCUGCCUGGUCCAGAUGUUCUUUGUCCACGCGCUGACUGCCAUGGAAUCUGGUGUACUCCUGGCCAUGGCCUGUGAUCGCGCCGUGGCAGUAGGGAGUCCACUGCACUACUCUAUCCUCGUCACCAAAGCUCGUGUGGGAUACGCAGCCUUGGCACUGGCACUAAAAGCUGUGGCUAUUGUUGUGCCUUUCCCUCUGUUGGUGGCACGAUUUGAACACUUCCGAGCCAAGACCAUAGAGCAUGCCUACUGUGCACACAUGGCGGUGGUGGAGCUGGUGGUGGGUAACACACGGGCCAACAAUUUGUAUGGGCUAGCGCUCUCACUGGCCGUGUCGGGUGUAGAUAUUCUGGGCAUCACUGGCUCUUAUGGGCUCAUUGCCCACACUGUGCUGCGACUGCCUACCAAGGAGGCCCGUGCUAAGGCCUUUGGCACAUGUAGUUCCCACAUCUGUGUCAUUCUGGCUUUCUAUGUGCCUGGUCUCUUCUCCUACCUCACACACCGCUUUGGUCGUCACACUGUCCCCAAGCCCGUACACAUCCUUCUCUCUAACAUCUACUUGCUGCUGCCACCUGCCCUCAACCCUCUCAUCUAUGGGGCCCGCACCAAGCAGAUCAGGGACCGGCUCCUGGAAACCUUCACAUUCAGAAAAAGCCAGUUCUGAUGGGCACUAAAAACAAUGAAGCCAAGAGGUGGCGCUGGGGGACAUUCAAAAAAUCUGGAAUCCGGAAGUAUGAACUAGGUCAUUGGCCUCAUUAUCUGCAUAUGACUCUCAUAACCACUCAACAGGUGUUUGCUGUGAAGCCCUACUAUAGGUACCACUGGAAUGUGUAGUUAGGCCUAGCCACAUAUCCUGCUUGUGGGGAGGCAGGAGGCAGGCGCCAGUGUGUUACCAUGCAAGGAAAAUAAGAUCAGAAAUUAUCAGGGGGUCCUAACACACAAGAUUUAAAGAAAACUCCACUCCUUGCCUCUCCCCAUCAUUUUAACUUAAGUCUGCCCCUGUUCCCCUCACAAUAGCUCCUCUGCAGAUCCUGAAUCUAGGUGUCUGGGAAGAGGGACAGUGCCUCUGAAGACUAGUUCUUGUCUGGGAUCACAGCCCUAUUUCUGGGGUCAGAUUCUGUUUUAGCCAGUCCAUAGAGAGGGAGUCAUACAGGCUUAUCCCCCACCUUCUGAAAAUCUAGAUAAUGUGUCCUGGGGUCCCGGUUUCACCAGGACACUGAUCUUUAAGAUAUUCCCAGUUCAGAGAAUCCUCUUGGUCUCCUGUGUAAUCACUAUCUCCCCACUCCACCCACUCCCGGACCACACACUCCAUUGCCAAAGUCUUAAGAGUUAAUGGCUAGAAGUUCUCUCCCGAGGCUUGCAGUUUCAUGGGUUAGGAGUCCAACUGAAAUAAACUUUUAUAUCCCAGAAAACCAUUGUAAUUAUUUGCCUGCUUGCCUGAAGUCCAGAAUCCCUAUGAUCUCUUACCAAUCUGCCCUUUUGCACAUCCUCAGGCAAGAAUGUAAAAUUCCCAAGUAAAAGCCUCAUCAACAACCCUAUUUGUCUUGGCCAACAUCAUCAGAAGCACGUGAUGUUGGCGCAAUAUGAUGAAACAGGAGUAUUUCACAUAGCUGUGGCUACAGAGAAGAGAUACUAACAGGUUGUGCCAUGGUGUUGCCCAACAGCGGAUUCACUUUGCACUCCACACUAGGAAGGAUAUUGCACAAAAGAUCUCUCACACCAGCAUGGAGUCCAGAAGGAGUAUAAUCUCAGACAUAAGGCAGGGAGUCACUGUUAAUAGGUCAUAGAAAGCUGCAGGCUGCACAAGCAGACCAAAGCGCUCCAGGAAAAUUAUCAUAACCACAAAUAUUGGAGUUAGCCAUGAAGACCUGAUCCAGGUGGGAUGCAGACCAGAGCAGAUAGCUGGACCACACACCAUGGGACACUGCACAGGAGGCCAUAUGGCUGAAAAGGCAGGUGGGUGCCAUCUACAGGGCCACAUGGGGUCUCAUCGGGCCUCAUUUCAAGGAACUGAAGAGAUAGCCCAGAAGCUAUGAUUUUCAGAGGUGCUGUCACACUCCAACCAAGUGGAAGAGGAAAAAAUCUACUUCCUCAACCCAAAUGUGAGCUCAGUCAUUCUCAUGAGGUUCUAAGUUAAAAAGCCCUCCAGACAAUAAUUCUGUAAAUAAUUGUGACAAAAUUCUAAUCUUAAAAGGGAUACAGGUCUUUAAGAUGUCCAUAUCCUUCUCUUAGGGGUUCCUCUUCAAUAAAUCUAGCCUGACAAAAUAAUUACCGAUAUGAAUAAAGAUGUAUGCUAUAAGAUAUUAGAUUGUAAAAAAUGUUGACAGUCCUGUCACUCACUAACACACA